AUGAGAAAUGUUAGAAAAAGUUCAGAUAACUGCAAAAUUGUACAGCCUACGAAAAAGGUUUGUUUUUAAUUGUUUGUUUAUAUUAAUGUUCAUUAAGUUGUUUUAUAUAUGUUUUGUGAACAUUGUUUCCUAUCUUAACACCGUAUAAUAUUCCAGGGUCUUAAAAGAUUAAAGCCCAAUAACAAUAUUGGAAAUUCCCUCAUGAAAAAACUUGAACCAACGCUACCCUUGCUACGAAAACCAACGAAAUUCAAAUCUCCUUACAAAAGCCCUCAAAUAUUGAAGAAAACUCAGAAUGAAAACGAAGAACCAAUAUCAACUCUUUCCAACCGAAGUUUAGACAAACCAGCUCAAAAUGAAGUACAAUCCAACGCAAAUAUUAUCAACAAAAACUUAACUAAACUUGGUGAAACUGAUGUUAAACAACUUGACGAUGAAACCAGAUGUGGAAAGGGUCUUGCCAGAAAUGAGAAAGUCAUUGAUGCCACAAUGUCUUUGCCUAAGAUGUCUUCGGUGAAAAUACAGCCAAUUGAUCCGUACAAGUUUUGUGAACCAAUUUUGAAAGAGUGUGCAAGAAGUAGCGUUGCACAGAAAGAUAUGGUGUUUAAAAGAUCCAAGGAGGAACAAGUAUGUGUUGGAAAUGCUUUAUAA